GAGAGAAAGCAGGAAAAAUAUUAUAAUACACACACUCGCACAGGAGAACUGAACCCAGAGAAUAGAGAUUAGUCUGUAUUUCUUCUUUCUUUCGUGAAAAUAAAUUAAUUUUUUAUUUUUACAUUUUUUAAUUCUUUUUUUAUUUUUUAUGUUUUUUUGGGGUUCUCGUACACACUCUUAAAUCCGCGUCUCUUUAUAAAAAAACCAGCUCGUCGUUUCUCGGUUGUACUUCGCAGCCUAUCAACCAACCACGUUCACCUUUUCUUCAAAUGGUGAUGGAGGAUAACGAGAGCUGUGGGAGUAGAGUUCACGAUACGACGUCGCCGGCGCAGAGUCGUAAACAGAGACAGAAACUAGAGGUGUAUAAUGAGGUCCUUCGUCGUCUUAAGGAUUCCAACAGAGAGGAGUUUAAUCAGCCUGGUUUUGAUGAUGACCUUUGGGCUCACUUCAAUCGUCUCCCUACUCGUUACGCACUGGAUGUGAACGUGGAGAGGGCUGAAGACGUUCUAAUGCAUAAAAGAUUAAUGCAUUUGGCACAUGAUCCUGCAAAUCGACCUGCAAUUGAAGUUCGACUUGUACAGGUUCAUCCAAUUUCAGAUGGGAGUUCAGCUAAUUCGCACGAUUCAGGUUCUCCUAGUAAAAAAGUUGCCAAAAGUUCUCCAAUGUAUCCUGGCAAACUAAGUGUCCAUCCACCACCUGCCUUUGGUUCAUCUCCUAACCUUGAAGCCCUUGCACUAGAAGCCAACAAAGUAGAUGAUCAAGAUGAGGAACAUUCUGUACAUGCCCAUGCAAAAUUUUCCCGACCCAUGCAUGAAAUUACUUUCUCGUCAGAUGACAAGCCAAAACUACUCAGUCAGCUGACUUCCUUGCUUGCGGAGAUUGGUUUGAACAUCCAAGAAGCACAUGCAUUUUCCACAGUUGAUGGUUACUCCUUGGAUGUCUUUGUUGUUGAUGGCUGGCCUUAUGAGGAAACGGAGCAGCUUAGAAUUGCAUUGGAAAGGAAACUUCUGAAAAUUGAGAAGCAGCCUUGGUCAGAUCAUCAAUCAAUAUCUUCUCAUGUUUUUGAGCCUGAAACGGUGAUCAAAUGUGAACCUGACCAUCUAACUAUACCUCAUGAUGGAACUGAUGUAUGGGAAAUUGAUCUGAAACACUUGAAGUUCGAAAACAAAGUUGCAUCUGGAUCAUAUGGUGAUCUGUACAAAGGUACAUACUGUAGUCAGGAGGUGGCCAUCAAAAUCCUCAAGCCUGAGCGCAUAGAUACAGACAUGCAGCGAGAGUUUGCCCAGGAAGUCUUUAUAAUGAGGAAAGUUCGACACAAGAAUGUUGUACAAUUCAUAGGUGCAUGUACCAAGCCUCCAAGUCUGUGUAUUGUAACAGAAUUUAUGUCUGGUGGAAGUGUAUAUGACUACUUGCAUAAACAAAAGGGUGUUUUUAAGCUCCCAUCCUUGCUCAAGGUUGCAAUAGAUGUUUCCAAGGGAAUGAACUACUUGCACCAAAAUAACAUAAUUCAUAGAGAUUUAAAAGCUGCAAAUCUCUUGAUGGAUGAAAAUGAUGUUGUUAAGGUUGCUGAUUUUGGGGUGGCCAGGGUAAAAGCUCAAUCUGGAGUUAUGACAGCAGAAACUGGGACUUAUCGUUGGAUGGCUCCCGAGGUUAUAGAACACAAGCCAUAUGAUCACAAGGCUGAUGUUUUCAGUUUUGGAGUCGUGUUAUGGGAGUUACUAACGGGAAAGCUACCAUAUGAGUAUUUAACCCCAUUACAAGCAGCUGUUGGAGUGGUCCAAAAGGGCUUACGGCCUGUUAUCCCAAAGCAUACAAACCCAAAGCUCGCAGAGUUGCUUGAGAGAUGCUGGCAACAAGAUCCAGCAUUACGGCCCGACUUCUCUGAAAUCACAGAGAUACUGAAGCAAUUAGCCAAGGAGGUGGGAGAUGAUGGUGAGGAACGGCGUAGAUCAUCUGGAGGAUUUCUGUCCGUUCUUAGACGGGGACAUCACUGAGUUUCUGAUUCUUUGUUUAGGCCUUUCCCCCAGUUUUUUUUUUUUACCCACCAUGUACAGUAAUUGGUCCAGAUUAUUAAUCUUUAUUUUACUUUUUCUAUUUGAUUUGUUAGCCUUUUUUUUUUUUUUUUUUCGGUUUAAAGACCGACCAUUGCCUUUUCCUUGCACAUUUAUGUCAGUAGCACUUUUCUGUAAAGAAGGGUGGUGAUGGUUUGGAUGAGCAUUGUAACUUUGCAAAUAUCCUGCGGCUUCAGAAUAAGAAAUGUUGUGAUUUUUUCUUUCC